GCCCCCUCCCCUCUCUUCUCCCACACAGCCUCUCUCGCCUCACCUCUCAGCCUCAUCACUCGCAAACGGUAGCAUCACCUGCCUGCUGCGCUCUUCCGAUACCCACUAGCCCAGAGAGGGCGGGAGUUCUCUUGGCCAGUGGCCAUGGCAGUGCACGACGGAGCGAACAACAAGCACGAGGUGGCGGUGGCGCCGAUGGAGGUGUCGGUGGAGGCCGGGAACUUCCAGGAGGCCGACCGGCUCGAUGACGACGGCCGCCCCCGCCGCACGGGCACGGUCUGGACGGCCAGCGCGCACAUCAUCACGGCCGUCAUCGGCUCCGGCGUGCUCUCUCUCGCCUGGGCCAUCGCGCAGCUCGGCUGGGUCGCCGGUCCCGCCGCCAUGCUGCUCUUCGCCUUCGUCACCUACUACACCGCCACGCUGCUCGCCGAGUGCUACCGCACCGGCGACCCCGACACGGGCAAGCGCAACUACACCUACAUGGACGCCGUGCGCUCCAACCUCGGCGGCGCCAAGGUGGUGUUUUGCGGCGUGAUACAGUACUCCAACCUCGUCGGCGUUGCCAUCGGGUACACCAUCGCGUCGUCCAUCAGCAUGAAGGCCAUCAGGAGAGCAGGAUGCUUCCACACCAAUGGCCACGGCGACCCCUGCAACAGCUCGAGCAUCCCGUACAUGAUCCUCUUCGGCGUUGUCCAGAUCCUCUUCUCGCAGAUACCGGACUUUGAUCAGAUUUGGUGGCUCUCCAUCGUCGCCGCCGUCAUGUCCUUCACCUACUCUUCCAUCGGGCUCGCCCUAGGAAUCGCCCAGACCAUUUCCAAUGGUGGAUUCAAGGGCAGCCUCACCGGCAUCAGCAUCGGAGCUGACGUCACCUCUACGCAGAAGAUCUGGCACAGCCUGCAGGCCUUCGGUGACAUAGCCUUCGCCUACUCCUUCUCCAACAUCCUCAUCGAAAUUCAAGACACCAUCAAGGCGCCGCCGCCGUCUGAGGCGAAGGUGAUGAAGAAAGCAACGAGCGUGAGCGUGGCAACAACCACCGUUUUCUACAUGCUGUGCGGGUGCAUGGGGUACGCCGCGUUCGGCGACGCGGCGCCGGAUAACCUCCUCACCGGGUUCGGCUUUUACGAGCCCUUCUGGCUGCUGGACGUCGCCAACGUCGCCAUCGUCGUGCACCUCGUUGGCGCCUACCAGGUCUUCUGCCAGCCCAUCUUCGCCUUCGUCGAGCGCCGCGCCAACGCCGCGUGGCCGGACAGCGCCUUCAUCUCCCGGGAGCUCCGCGUCGGCCCCUUCGCGCUCAGCGUGUUCCGGCUCACGUGGCGGUCGGCGUUCGUGUGCGUGACCACCGUCGUCGCCAUGCUCCUGCCCUUCUUCGGCAACGUGGUCGGGUUCCUCGGCGCCGUCUCCUUCUGGCCGCUCACCGUCUACUUCCCCGUCGAGAUGUACAUCAGGCAGCGCCGCGUGCCGCGGGGCAGCACCAAGUGGAUCUGCCUCCAGAUGCUCAGCGUCAGCUGCCUCAUCGUGUCCAUCGCCGCCGCCGCCGGUUCCAUCGCCGACGUGAUCGACGCCCUCAAGGUCUACCGGCCGUUCAGCGGUUAACGUGGUACAAGAACCUCAAGGAUCUAUGUAAAAUGGGAGGACGACCCUGAGCAACUACACCAAAUCACCAGACUAUUUUCGCAUACUAAGAGUGGCGAGGCGGACUGCCUUGUAUUCCUCCAGUACGUACGUGGUUCUAGUAGGCAGGAUCUUGUUCUACCUGCAACUAUGUCUUCCUAACUUUUUUUUAUUGUAGAUUAGGUAUAUUCCUCCCUACAUUAGCAGUAAGCUGCAAUACUUUUGGCCGCUUGUCAUGUAUGAAAGAGCCUCUGAGAUAUAUAUUUUUUUUCUGGGUGUCAGUCA